AUGGCCGAAAUCUAUAAUACUGACCGCUUCGCGGAGCUCUAUUACCCGUCCAACACGGCCGAAAUCAUGCAGCUGGGUCUCGCUGGUAGAUUCAUAGCGACCCUUUUCGAAGAAAGCCAGAUCACGUAUGCUUUCAUUGGAGGAUGGGCCGUAUAUUUAAGGGGCGGAAGCCGUACGACGAGGGAUAUUGACAUCUCCGUAAAGACUACCAUGGACCAUCUGAGGGAGAUCCUGAUGGCACAAUCCCGAAUACAUUUCCCGGCCAUACACGGCAAAACCUCAGUUCAGAUUUUUAUUGAUGUCGGCCGUAAUUUUGAUAAGGACUUCCCUCACAUUCCGGACUUGGCGGUUAGUAUGGAUGUGGUGAUUAGCGAGCAAGGGAACCUUGGCACACCCGUUGAUCUCGGAUCCUCGAGGGAAUCCAUUAUGCCUGUUUGGCCCACGCCCCAGGGCUCACCUGUUUUGGUGCUUGGGCUCUUCUUCCAGAUCUAUGCGAAGCUCGAUGCAUUCUCCCGGCGCGGUGGCGAGGGCAGCAACGACUUUCUGGAUCUGGAAUUCUUAUUCUCAACAUAUGCGACUCAAAUACCCAGUCUACGAGACUACUAUGACUUGGAACAGCGAAGGUACUUUUGGAGACAUUAUGCCACGACGUAUGUGGCCUUCCCAGAGCAGGUUGAAAAUAUGAAGACACUGCUUGGUGUUUGA